GUCGAGAGUAAUGGAGUGAUGCAACACAUCACACAUGCAUGGCCACGGUAUUUAUACAAGGAUCCAAGAAGCCUUCGUGCUCACAGCAUACCUUUCAUGGUAGCUAGCUAGUGGCGUACUGCGCUCGCUACCACUCAACACGUCUCGACCCCGACCAAAAAUGCCGAGUCUUGCGGCGUUCUUGGUCCUCCUGCUCCCGCCGCUGCUGCUUUCCGCUGCUGGUGCCGCAGAGGCAGAGGAGCUUAUCGGCUUCAAGGCCACGCUGAGGCACGUGGACGCGGACGCCGGGUACACGGAGGAGCAGCUGCUCUCGCGAGCGCUACGCCGCAGCAGUGCUCGCGUGGCCACGCUGCAGUCGCUCGCGGCGUUGGCGCCGGGCGACGCGAUCACCGCGGCGCGCAUCCUGGUGCUCGCCAGCGACGGCGAGUACCUGAUGGAGAUGGGGAUCGGCACGCCGACGCGGUACUACUCGGCCAUCCUCGACACCGGCAGCGACCUCAUCUGGACGCAGUGCGCGCCGUGCCUGCUCUGCGUCGACCAGCCCACGCCCUACUUCGACCCGGCGCGGUCCGCCACGUACAGGUCGCUCGGCUGCGCGUCCCCGGCGUGCAACGCGCUCUACUACCCGCUCUGCUACCAGAAGGUGUGCGUCUACCAGUACUUCUACGGCGACAGCGCCAGCACUGCCGGCGUCCUCGCCAACGAGACGUUCACGUUCGGCACCAACGAGACCCGGGUCAGCCUGCCGGGCAUCUCGUUCGGGUGCGGGAACCUGAACGCUGGCUCGCUCGCCAACGGCUCCGGCAUGGUCGGCUUCGGGCGGGGGUCCCUGUCGCUGGUCAGCCAGCUGGGCUCCCCCAGGUUCUCCUACUGCCUCACCUCCUUCCUGUCUCCGGUGCCCAGCCGGCUCUACUUCGGCGUGUACGCCACGCUGAACAGCACCAACGCCAGCAGCGAGCCGGUGCAGUCCACGCCGUUCGUCGUCAACCCGGCGCUUCCCACGAUGUACUUCCUGAACAUGACGGGCAUCAGCGUCGGCGGCUAUCUGCUGCCCAUCGACCCGGCGGUGUUCGCCAUCAACGACACGGACGGCACGGGCGGGACCAUCAUCGACUCCGGCACCACCAUCACGUACCUCGCGGAGCCAGCGUAUGACGCUGUCCGCGCGGCCUUCGCGUCGCAGAUCACGCUGCCCUUGCUCAACGUUACGGAUGCCUCGGUUCUGGACACGUGCUUCCAGUGGCCGCCGCCGCCGCGCCAAUCGGUGACGCUGCCGCAGCUUGUGCUCCACUUCGACGGGGCGGACUGGGAGCUCCCUCUGCAGAACUACAUGCUGGUGGAUCCCAGCACAGGGGGCGGCUUGUGCCUGGCCAUGGCGUCGUCUUCCGACGGCUCCAUCAUCGGCAGCUACCAGCACCAGAACUUCAACGUGCUCUACGACCUCGAGAACAGCCUCAUGUCCUUCGUCCCAGCACCGUGCCAUCUAAUGUAGCUGUAACUUGAGUUUCCGUGUACCUUUAUUUCGUUUCCGAUCCGUUGCUAUUUAUGCAUAGAUGUGUUCUAUGGAUUGGUGAUUGGUGCUUGGUACUUUGGUAGGGCUUUUAACUAGGUCGGUGAUCUGUAUCAGUAAAGCAUACUGUAUUUGGUUUAUGUAUUGUUGUCUCUUCUCAACAUCUGAUGAUUAUAAUGACUCUUCUC